AUGAAAACCAUAGCGGAGAGGUCAGUGAAGUUGGGAGUGGCAACCAGCGUUGAAAAAUGCUCAGAAUUCGCCGAAGAACAGAAGUUUAUAGGAUUCAUUUGGAACGGAGUUUCUAAAACAGUUCGUUUAACAGAAAUCAAAUUGGACAAACGUAAGGAACAAAUCAAGGAAUUUUUACAUCCAAAGAGGGAAUUCAAGUUCAACGAAGUCAAAAUUUUGGCGGGUAGACUUAAUCACGUAUCGCUACUCCUUCCUCAACUAAGAUGCUAUUCUAGGAGCAUCUACAGGUGGAUGAAUGAAUGGAAGAAGAAAUGGGCCACGCGAGCGCCACCAGAAGACGUCAUAGAAGACCUAUCUUUCUGGUUAUCAACCCUGAACGACUAUUCUAGCACAAGACUUUGCCCCUUAACCGACCCUACCAAGAUAAAUUGGGUAGGCGAUGCGUCGACAGGUUUCGGAAUAGGAGUCCUCAUCGGGAGGCGGUGGUCUCAAUUGAGACUAAAGGAGAAUUGGGCGGAAGCAAGUCCAAGGAGAACGAUCGCGUGGCUGGAAACAGUAGCGAUCAGAAUAGGAAUCCUAAUGUUAUUAUCCAUAGGCAAAAAUUUAAAAGGCCGAAACUUCAUAGUUUGGACUGAUAAUACUACGACAGAGAGCACACUACGAUCGAGGAAAUCGAAAGAUUUCCAUUCGAACAACGAAUGGAAACAAAUCCAAAAGUUACUCAUAUUUGAAGAUUUAGACAUCACCCCUUUGAGGGUAACAUCGGCCGAAAACGUAUCCGAUGGAUUAUCACGAGGGGUCCAACGACCUCAUGUAGCGGAGAACAGGGUCUGGUUUAACAUCCCUGACAACCUGUCCAAUUUUAUGUUUCAUGCGUAA